AUGAUCCUGACACUGCUGCUCAGCGUCGGGGGGCCCCUGGGCUGGGGGCUGCUGGGGGCCUGGGCCCAGGUCCCCAGUACCAGGUUCUCCGAUCCACACAGCCCCAGGCCACCUGGGGUCUGGAGGGCAGAGGCUGAGGACAGGGACCCCGUCAGACGUAACUGGUGUCCCUACCAGAAAUCCAGGCUGGUCACCUUCGUAGCUGCUUGCAAAACAGAGAAAUUCCUAGUCCACUCACAGCAGCCAUGUCCACACGGGGCUCCGGACUGCCAGAAAGUGAAAGUCAUGUACCGCGUGGCCCACAAGCCGGUGUACCAGGUCAAGCAGAAGGUGCUGGCCUCCGUGGCGUGGAGGUGCUGCCCGGGCUUUGUGGGACCCGACUGCCAGCACCACGAUCCCAGGGCGAUCCCUGAGCCUGAAGAUCCAGGUGAUAGCCUCCAGGAGCCUUGGGAUGGGCCAGUUGACUUUGAACCUGGCCACUGGGAUGCAGACAUCAGCGACAUGGUGGAGCAGCAGGAACGCCGGCUGGGAGAUCUCCAGAACGACAUUCACCAGGUGGCAGACAGCCUCCCAGGCCUAUGGAAGGCCCUGGCAAGCAACCUCACAGUGGCAAUAACUGAGGCAAAUCAGACAGAACUUGAGUUUCCCGGCAGAUCCUUGGAGCAAGUGCUACUGCCCCACAUCAACACCUUCCUGCAAGGACAUCUCAGCCCCAUGUGGAGAAGCUUCAACCAAAGCCUGCACAGCCUCUCCCAGGCCAUAAGAAACUUAUCUCUUGAUGUGGAGGCCAACCGACAGGACCUCAAGAGCGUCCAGGAGAGCUCUGUGGCCAGAGCUGACUUCCAGGAUCUUGGUGCCAAAUUUGAGACCAAGGUCCAGGAGAACAGCCAGAGGGUGGGCCAGCUACGGCAGGAUGUGGAGGCCCACCUGCAUGCCCAGCACCUGUCCCUGCACCAGUCCCUCCUGGAGGUCCAGGCGGAUGUGAACACCAAGCUUAAGAAGCUCCUUAAGGCCCAGGAGUCCCCGGGGGUCAAUGGCAGCCUGGUCCUGGUGGCAGCAGGGGCAGCAGCGAGGCCGGAACCAGAGAGCCUGCAGGCCAGGCUGGGUCAGCUGCAGAGGAACCUCUCUGCACUGCAUGUGACCACUGCCCACAGGGAAGAGAAGUUACAGAGCACCCUCGCAGACAUGAAGGCCACCCUCGCCCAGCACGUGGAUGAGAUCAAGGAGCUGUAUUUGGAAUCCGAUGACACCUACGAACAGAUCAGCAAGGUAGAGCGGCAGGUGCAGGAGCUUCAGGUGAACCACACAGCGCUGCGUGAGCUGCGGGUGAUGCUGAUGGAAAAGUCACUGAUCAUGGAGGAGAACAAGGAGGACAUGGAGCGGCAGCUCCUGGAGCUCAACCUCACCCUCCAGCACCUGCAGGGCGGCCACGCGGACCUCAUCAAGUACGCCAAGGACUGCAACUGCCAGAAACUCUACUUUGACCUGGAUGUCAUCCGGGAGGGCCAGCGGGACACCACGCGUGCCCUGGAAGAGACCCAGGUGAGCCUGGACGAGCGGCGCCAGCAGGAGGGCUCCUCCCUGCAGGCCCUGAGCAGCAGGGUGGCUGCCCUGUCGCUGGCGGUGGAUGCGCACCAGGCGGCGGCCGAGAGGGCGCGGGCCGACGCGGCGCGGCUCCGGAGUCAGCUGCGCACGCUGGGCAGCGAGGUGAGUGCGCUGCGGGCCGCCGAGGCUGAGAUGCGACGCGAGAUCCGCCGGCUGCACGGCUCCUUCGCGGCCCUGCUGGAGGACGCGCUGCGGCACGAGGCCGUGCUGGCCGCCUUCUUCGGGGAGGAGGUGAUGGAAGACAUGUCCGAGGAGGCGCCCGGCCCGCUGCCCCUGCGCUACGAGCAGAUCCGCACCGCCCUGCUGGACGCGGCCAGCGGGCUGCAGGAGCAGGCCCUUGGCUGGGACGCGCUGGCGGCCCGGGUGACAGCCCUGGAACGGGCCUCGGGGACCAGCGGGCAGGCCGAGCGCCUGGAGCCCAAUCGGGACGCAUCGCCAGCGGCGGCCGGCGGGCCAGAUCUGGCUGGGCUAGCACAGGAGCUCCAGCGCCUGAGCUCCCACAUGGAGCGCGUGGGCCAGUGCUGCGAGGCUUCCUGGGCCUCCUCCUUCAACAGCUCCCUCGAGGGCCUUCGCGGGGAGCUCUCCACCACCGAGCACGGCUUGCAGCGGCACCAGCGCCUCUUCCACAGCCUCUUUGGGAACUUUCAAGAACUCUUGGUAGCCAAUGUCAGCUUGGACCUGGGGAAGCUGCAGGCCAUACUGAGCAGGAAAGGGAAGAAGCAGCAGAAAGGUCUGGAAGCUCCCAGGAGGAGGGAACAGAAGCAAGUGGAGUCUUUGGAGGAUGUGCAUGUCAAAGGGCCGGCGCUCUGGGACGCAGGCUCCCCUGUGGCCUUCUACGCCAGCUUUUCAGAAGGGACAGAUGCUCUGCAGACAGUGAAGUUCAACACUACUUACAUCAACAUCGGCAGCAGCUACCUCCCUGAACAUGGCUAUUUUCGAGCCUCUGAGCGUGGGGUCUAUCUAUUUGCAGUGAGCAUUGAAUUCGGCCCAGGGCCAGGCACAGGGCAGCUGGUGUUUGGAGGUCACCGUCGGACCCCUGUCUAUACCACCGAGGAGCAGAGGGGUGGGAGCCCAGCAACGACCUUUGCCAUGGCUGAGCUGCAAAAGGGUGAGAGAGUAUGGUUUGAGCUAACCCAGGGAUCAAUAAUGAAGAGAAGCCCUCCAGGCACAGCAUUCGGGGGCUUCCUGAUAUUCAAGACCUGA